AUGAUAAUGAUAUGCAGUUUUCUUGGAGUGUGUGGAAAUAACCUGGUCUGUCUGGAACUCAACUGCUGCAAGCUUGUUAAAGGGCGUAUAUUGAAGAUCAUUUCAAAGGCCUGCCUGAACCUAGAAGAGUUGCACCUACAAUCCUGUACCGGGGCUUCCGCUGCCUCAUUUGCAUUUCUCAAGUCACUGACCUCCCUGCGUGUCCUUGACCUCUACAGGACAUUGGUCGAUACGGAGUCUUUGGUUCAAAUUAUGAGUUCAUGCCAGAAACUGGAGCGCGUGAACUUGGGAGCCUGUAAUAACAACAACGAGUGCUCGAAAGUUCUGCUGAAGAUGGCUAGAAAGUGCAAG